GACCCCUCUACAUUAUGCAUGUGCCUAUGGCCAGGCAGAAGUGGUGGCUUUUCUAGUAAAGAACAAAUGCAACAUUCACCUCUGUGACAGUGACAACAACACACCUCUGAUUAAGGCCAUCCAACAGCAAGAAGAAGAAUGUGCAACUAUUCUUCUAGAAAAUGGUGCCGAUGUAAAUGCCCAGGAUACCAAUGGUGGAACUCCUCUCCACCAUGCUGUCUGUACUAACAACACAUCAGUUGCAGCAAAACUGCUUUUACAUAAGGCAAAUAUUGAAGCCCAAAACAAGGAUGGCUGCACCCCACUUUUACUUGCCCUAAAGGAAAACAAACAUCAUAUGGCAGAAUUUUUAAUUAAGGCGAAAGCAAAUAUACAUGCGGUUGACAUGAGAGGAAGAACAGCCCUCAUGCUUGCAGUGAGGUAUGAAUCACCAGAUAUAACCAAGCUUCUUAUUGAAGGAGGUAUUGAAGAUGUGGAUGGAGGGACUGCAUUAUGUUAUUCUGUUGCUAGUGGCUGCAAUAU